AUGGCGUACCAGCAGCAGGGGAAUAGCUUUGGACGCGACCCGGCCAACCCGUUCGGCAGCAACCACGGUCACGCCCACCUCGCGCAGACACACGAGGGCGCUCCCGGCUACUCGCAGGGCGGUGGGGCGUACGAGUCGGGCGAUUCAGACGAGUACCGCGAGCAGUACACGAGCGAGGAGGACGCGCGGCGAGGAGACGGCUCUCAGGAAGGCUACUACGGCGGCUACCAGCAACCGCCCGGUCCCUUCCAGGGUCGAUCCGACUCGCCAGCUGGGUUCAGCGACUACGAGUCGUCCUCGGCCCACAAUGCCGCCAACGGCGCGACGUUCGCACGCCUGCGGGAACCGUACCCAGCAUGGUCGAAUGAGUCGCAGAUCCCGCUCACGAAGGAGGAGAUCGAGGACGUCUUCAUCGACCUCGCCAACAAGUUUGGCUUCCAGCGCGACUCGAUGCGCAACAUGUACGACCACCUCAUGAUCCAGCUCGACUCGCGCGCGUCCCGAAUGUCGCCCAACCAGGCUCUCUUGACCCUCCACGCCGACUACAUCGGCGGCGAGCACGCCAACUACCGAAAGUGGUACUUUGCCGCCCAGCUCGACCUCGACGACGCGAUCGGCCUCGCCAACAACGGUGUCGCACGGCUCGCGCGCAAGGCCUCGCGCAAAGCCGGCGUCAAGUCGGUCGCGACGCCUGCCUCGGUCAAGACGCUCGACUCGGCCAAGCAGCGGUGGCAGCAGGCCAUGUUCCAGAUGUCGGCGUACGACCGCGUCCGCCAACUCGCGCUCUACCUCCUCUGUUGGGGCGAGGCGGCGCAGGUGCGGUUCGUGCCCGAGUGCCUGUGCUUCAUCUUCAAGUGCGCCGACGACUACUACCGCUCGCCCGAGUGCCAGGCGCGCACCGAGGCCGUCCCCGAGGGCCUGUACCUCCGUGCCGUUGUCCGCCCGCUGUACCGCUUCAUCCGCGACCAGGGCUACGAGGUCGUCGACGGGAUCUUUGUCCGCCGCGAGAAGGACCACGAGGACAUCAUCGGCUACGACGACAUCAACCAGCUCUUCUGGUACCCCGAAGGCAUCUCCCGCAUCGUCCUCGCCGACAAGACCCGCCUCGUCGACGUCCCCGCCAGCCAGCGCUUCAUGAAGUUUGACAAGAUCGAGUGGCACCGUGCCUUCUUCAAGACGUACUACGAGCGCCGGUCGUUCCUCCAUCUCCUCGUCAACUUCAACCGCAUCUGGGUCCUCCACAUCUCGAUCUACUGGAUGUACACGGCGUUCAACUCGCCCAACAUCUACACCCCGGCCGGCCAAGCGAAACCGAACCCUGCGAUGCAGUGGUCCGCUGUCGCACUCGGAGGCGCCGUCGCGUCCAUCAUCCAGAUCGCAGCGACCGUGUGCGAGUACUCUUACGUCCCGACGACCUGGAACAACACCUCGCACCUGAUUCGCCGCAUGGCCGCCCUCCUCAUCUGUCUCGCCAUCACGCUCGCCCCGACCAUCUACAUCGCCGGCUUCAACCAGACUUCGACGGCGGCCAAGAUCGUCGGCAUCGUCCAGUUCGCCUUUGCAGUCUUCUUCGUCGUCCUCUUCUCGAUCGUCCCGUCAGGUCGCCUCUUUGGCGACCGCGUCGCGGGCAAGUCGCGCAAGUACCUCGCCUCGCAGACAUUCACGGCGUCGUACCCGAAACUCUCGCUCCGACAGCGCCUUGCGUCGAUCUCGCUCUGGGUCCUCAUCUUCGCCUGCAAGUUGACCGAGUCGUACUUCUUCCUCACGCUCUCGUUCGAGAACCCCGUCCGCGUCAUGGUCGGCAUGCGCGUCACGGCGUGCUCCGACAAGCUGUUCGGCUCGGCGCUCUGUCGGUACCAGCCGGCGUUCACCCUCGCCAUCAUGUUCUGCAUGGACUUGUGCCUCUUCUUCCUCGACACGUUCCUGUGGUACGUGAUCUGGAACACCGUCUACUCGAUCGUCCGCUCGUUCUCCAUCGGCCUGUCUAUUUGGACGCCUUGGAAGGACAUCUUCGAGCGACUGCCGAAGCGGAUCUACGCCAAGAUCCUCGCGACGAGCGACAUGGAGAUCAAGUACAAGCCCAAGGUCCUCGUCUCGCAGAUCUGGAACGCCAUCAUCAUCUCGAUGUACCGCGAGCACCUCCUCUCCAUCGACCACGUCCAGCGACUGCUGUACCACCAGGUCCCGUCGGAGCAGGACGGCAAGCGGACUUUGCGCGCACCCAUGUUCUUCAUCUCGCAGGACCAGGAGGGCCUCAAGACCGAGUUCUUCCCGCCCGGCUCGGAAGCCUCGCGCCGCAUCUCGUUCUUCGCCCAGUCGCUCACGACCGCCGUCCCCGAGCCCCUCGGCGUCGACGCCAUGCCCACCUUCACCGUGCUCACGCCGCACUACGCCGAGAAGAUCCUCCUCUCCCUCCGUGAGAUCAUCCGCGAGGACGACCAGAAGACGCGCGUCACGCUCCUCGAGUACCUCAAGCAGCUCCACCCGAUCGAGUGGGACAACUUUGUUCGCGACACCAAGAUCCUCGCCGAAGAGUCAGACCCGAUCGACGAGAAGACGGACAAGAAGACGGACGACAUCCCCUUCUACACGAUUGGCUUCAAGUCGGCUGCGCCCGAGUACACCCUCCGCACGCGAAUUUGGGCGUCGCUUCGCGCGCAGACGCUCUACCGCACGGUCUCGGGCUUCAUGAACUACUCGAAGGCGAUCAAGCUCCUCUACCGCGUCGAGAACCCCGAGGUCGUCCAGCUCUUCGGUGGCAACACGGACCGCCUCGAGCGCGAGCUCGAGCGCAUGGCACGCCGCAAGUUCCGCUUCGUCGUCUCGAUGCAGCGCUACUCCAAGUUCAGCAAGGAGGAGAUCGAGAACACUGAAUUCCUCCUGCGUGCAUACCCGGACCUCCAGAUUGCCUACCUCGACGAGGAGCGCCCGCGCAAGGAGGGCGGUGAGCCGCGCAUCUUCUCAGCGCUCAUCGACGGCCACUCGGAGAUAAUGCCGGACGGCCGCCGCCGCCCCAAGUUCCGCAUCGAGCUCCCGGGCAACCCAAUUCUCGGUGACGGCAAGUCGGACAACCAGAACCACGCCGUCAUCUUCCACCGCGGCGAGUACGUUCAGCUCAUCGACGCCAACCAGGACAACUACCUCGAGGAGUGCCUCAAGAUCCGCAACGUGCUCGGCGAGUUUGAGGACUACCACGUCUCGCCGAAGAACCCGUACACGCCCGAGGGCGCCAAGGACUUUAGCAAGAACCCAGUCGCCAUCGUCGGCGCGCGCGAGUACAUCUUCUCCGAGAACAUCGGCAUCCUCGGUGACGUCGCGGCCGGCAAGGAGCAGACGUUCGGCACGCUCGCGGCGCGCUCGAUGGCGUACCUCGGCGGCAAGCUCCACUACGGCCACCCCGACUUCCUCAACGCCAUCUUCAUGACGACGCGCGGCGGUCUCUCGAAGGCGCAAAAGGGUCUCCACCUGUCCGAGGACAUCUACGCGGGCAUGCUGGCGAACGAGCGCGGCGGCAAGAUCAAGCACACCGAGUACUAUCAGUGCGGCAAGGGUCGCGACCUCGGGUUUGGCACCAUCCUCAACUUCCAGACCAAGGUGUCGUCGGGCAUGGGCGAGCAGAUGCUCUCGAGGGAAUACUAUUAUUUGGGCACGCAGCUCCCGAUGGACCGCUUCCUCACGUUCUACUACGGCCACCCCGGCUUCCACAUCAAUAACAUCCUCGUCAUCCUCUCGGUCCAGCUGUUCAUGUACACCCUCACCUUCCUCGGCACGCUCAACUCGUCGCUCCCGAUCUGCCAGUACACCAGCGGCGGUCAGUUCGUCGGCGGCCAGGGCGGCUGCUACAACCUCGUCCCCGUGUACGACUGGAUCAAGCGCUGCGUCAUCUCAAUCUUCAUCGUCUUCUUCAUCGCCUUCCUGCCGCUCUUCCUGCAGGAGCUCACCGAGCGAGGGCUGUAUCGCGCCAUCAUUCGCCUCGGCAAGCACUUCCUGUCGCUCUCGCCGUUCUUCGAGGUCUUCAGCACCCAGAUCUCGUCCCACUCGGUCAUCAGCAACUUGUCGUACGGCGGCGCUCGAUACAUCGCGACCGGACGCGGCUUCGCCACGACCCGCAUCUCGUUCUGCAUCUUGUACUCGCGCUUUGCCGGACCCGCCAUCUACCUCGGCAUGCGGACGCUCCUCUUGCUCCUCUACAUCACCCUCUCGCUCUGGAUCCGCCACAUCAUCUACUUCUGGAUCUCGAUCAUCGCGCUCUGCAUUGCGCCGUUCCUCUUCAACCCGCACCAGUUCUCGCUCGGCGACUUUAUCAUCGACUACCGCGAAUUCCUGCGGUGGAUGUCGCGCGGCAACUCGCGCGCACACGCCAACUCGUGGAUCGGCUACUGCCGCCUGUCGCGCACCAAGGUCACCGGCUUCAAGAAGAAGCGUAUGGGUCACCCGUCGGAGAAGCUCACGCCCGACACGCCCCGCGCGAGGUGGAAGACUAUCGUCGCGAACGAGAUCCUCGCGCCGCUUGCCCUCGCCAUCAUCCUCACGGUCGCCUACCUCUUUGUCAAGUCGUUCGCCGACCCGCAGGUCGACGCCCUCCUCCGCAUUGCCGUCAUCGCCCUCGGACCGAUCGUCUAUAACCUCGUCCUCCUGUUUGUCCUCUUCUUCGUGUCGCUCUUUGCCGGCCCACUCUGCGGCGGCGGCAAAUUCGGCUCGGUCAUGGCAGGCAUCGCCCACAUCGGCUCCGUCGUCGGCAUGAUCGGCUUCUUCGAGUUCCUCUGGGUCCUCGAGCGGUGGAACACCUCGCACGCCGUUCUUGGCCUCAUCGCGACCAUUGCCAUCCAGCGUUGCAUCUUCAAGAUCUUGAUCGCGGUCGGCAUCUCGCGCGAGUACAAGUCAGACCAGAUCAACAGGAGCUGGUGGACUGGCAAGUGGUGGGGCAGCGGUCUCGGCGCGUCGGCCUGGACCCAGCCUGUUCGCGAGAUCGUCGUCAAGGUAACCGAGAUGAGCCUGUUCGCCGGCGACUUCCUCACGGGCCACAUCCUCCUUUUCGCCCUCGCCAUCCCCUGCCUCAUCCCCGGCUUCGCCCAGCUGCAUUCGAUUGCGCUGCUCUGGCUCCGCCCUUCGAGGCAGAUACGAGCGCCGCUCUACUCGAUCAAGCAGGCUCGCCAGCGCAAGUCCAUCAUCGCGAGAUACGGCAUCCUCUUCCUCCUCGCGGCCGUCGUCUUCGCCGCCCUCAUCGUCGUGCCGCUUGCCCUCAAGAGCACGAUGGAUCUCGCCCUGAACGGCGUCAACCUCUGA